UAAUUAAAUUAACAAAUGCACAAUUAUUUAACUUGUUUCAAUAAAAUAAAAUGCAGAAACGAUUUGUGACGCUUGCAGUAAUAUCAAUAUUAAGUUUAGCACUUUGGAUUUAUUGGAGUUCAAACUUGGAACUUCAUGAAACGAUAAGACUUAUAAAAACCAGCCAAAACAGAUUUAUUAAGGAUCUCAAAAUAUCACCUUCAACGUCAAACACGUUAUGCAUAAAAAAUCCAUUUAUGAUUAUAAUAGUGACAUCUUACGUUGGUCAUGUUGAGCUGCGGAGUGCACACCGCAGAGCUAUGCCACAAGAGUACCUAGAGGCCAUGAAUGCAACAAGAAUAUUUAUGUUGGCAAAAAUUCCACCACAUGAAAAAUAUAUUACUCAGGCUGCUAUAGAAGAUGAAAGCAACACUUUUGGGGACAUUCUCCAAGGCUCCUUUCUAGAAAACUACCGGAAUUUAACAUUCAAGCAUUUGAUGGGUUUACAGUGGGCCUCAAAAAAAUGCAGGGAAGCCUCUUACAUACUCAAAGUGGAUGAUGACACUGUAUUUAAUUUAGAAAGAACAUAUAAUCUUUUAACCAGUAUUAAUAUUAAAGGAGAUUUCCUUAUGGGUUACAUGUUAAACGAUACCAAGCCAAAACGAGAAAAACAGAAUAAAUGGUAUGUGACGUGGGAAGAAUAUCCAAGGAAUGAGUACCCACCGUACAUGUCCGGCUGGUAUUACAUAACAACACCAAAUACUGCCGCAAGACUAACAAAUGAGGCGACGUACCAUCCAUACUUCUGGAUAGAUGAUAUACUGAUUACUGGUGUUUUAACUGAAGCUCUAAACAUCGAGCUUAUUCAACUACCUAAAGGGUAUUGGCUUGAAUACUAUGAAUUACUUGAAUGUUGUCUAAGGGAUAUGAUAAAUAAACAUAUUAUGUGUGAUGCUGUUGUAGGUCCAAAUGGUGGUAGGAAUAAUUUAAUUUUAGAGUUUAACGAUGGUGUUAGUUUGUGUAAUAAGUUGAAAAAUUGUACUAAAAGAAAUGAGGAGCAAUCUCUUGAUAAAGUAUGUGUGGCUUUUAGAGAAAGAAGUAUCUUCAGUGAUGGUAAGCCUGAGGUACAAUUCAUUAAGUUAAGGUGAAACUUAAUUGACCAUAGGUGGCCCUUAUGUCUUUUC